GCCUUUUUUCUCUUGUCCCAAUGUACCUCCUCUUCUUUUUGAGAAGUACUCUUUCGUCCACUUCCUCAGCAUCUAUGUUUGUGUAAGUGUAUGACUAUGUUAGUGUUAUGUAUUCUUUUAUUUAUUUUUUUCAAUUGUUUUUUUGAAUGCAGAGCUAACAGGUACAACAGUAGAGUUUUGGCUUGACUGGGUAUCCCAUGUGAUUUGUGCCAUUUGGUUGCAGUAUUUUUGGACCAUCGUUCUAAGCAGUCAAUGCUUGUUUUUUUUUUUUUCCUUUCUUUCCUAAGCUCACACUGUACAACUGCUUCCUCAGUCACUUUCUCAUGACUCUCUGUUUUAUACCAAAACUGUGCACAUAGCCACAUCAUUUCCUCAAUAGAUACUGGACGACAAUUUUGAGUCUUAAACCUGUAAAAUCUCCUUUAAAAAAAAAAAAAAAAAUCAUCUUCAAAACCUCAAGCCAUGGAUCUAACAACAACUCCAAGAUACUUUCAAUCUCCAUCUGCAUUUUCAUCUAGUGGGGAACCACCAUUGGAGGGCAACACAAGCUUCUAUGGGAAAAACAAGAACAACCCAUUUGUUGAAACAUUCCCAGACCCACUUUGCAAGCUUAAUCUCAAAGAGACAUCUGAGUUCGUUAAAUCUUUUCCAAUGCCAAACAACUGCAAUAAUACUGAAAGCAACAGAGAAGGAGUGUUCCUUGAGACUUCAGCUCAGAGGAAGAGAGAGGGAGUGAGCUCAGUGGCACAUAGGAGAUCGUCAGUAGAAGCUCCUCCAACACCUGGUAGGCCUGUUUUCAGUUUCAGUGCUGGGAAUCUGUCAAGGAAGAGUAGUUUCCCGUCUAAGUGGGAUGAUGCAGAGAAAUGGCUCAUAAGCAGCUCUUGCCAUGAGUCACCAGCUCAUAAUAAUACCAUAAAGCCAUCAUCAGAGUCUGCAAAGAUCAACAAACAAUGUGAUAGCUUUAAGCAACAACAAAUGGAGGUCUUUGCAGAGAAAUCAAGGGUCACUGAGGAAAAGGUCUCAAAAGCAACCUCAACCUUUCAUGGUUCAGCAUCUUUGGAGUAUCAUAGCUCAGUCAGAGCUUUCAAUGGGGUCGCUGCCUCAACAGACGUACUUUUAAAAGAUAAGUUCACAGACGACAUAGAACCGAUUUUGCCCAAUUUCAGAACCUCAGAACCAACAAAAGAAGGCUUUCUCUUCACAAACUCAGCCUGUGAAACCAUGAAAGAUGCAGGCACUGAUGUUGUCCAUGAGGUUAAACUUCAACACAGGGAUGUUGGGACGGAGAUGACUCCAUUGGGCAGUUCCACAACUUCAAGGUGCCACACACCGUUCAAGAGCUCGUCGCCUGCCCGCCAUAACACGCCUGCGAAUAGGUCCGGUCCACUGGCUAUGGGUCACUCCAGCAACACCAAUAGAACCAUUGACAUGUCCCAGUUGCAGGAGUGCCAUUUGGCCAAGCUACAACUUGGGACACAUUAUGAUUCGGUCACAUCGAAUUGGAGUUCGAGGGAAGAAGAGGAAGAAGAAAUAUCGAAGAGCCUGAGACAUUUCGAAACAGGCAAUGGGUUCCACAAGAAUAUUACAGACUCUAAGGCUGCAGCAUGGGAGGAGGAAGAAAAGAAAAAAUGCUGUCUCAGUUUGUGUGAUAGAUAUCAGAGAGAAGAAGCGAAAAUACAAGCCUGGGUCAAUCUCCAAAGUGCAAAAGCAGAAGCUCAGUCAAGAAAGCUUGAGAUGAUCAUUUUAGGUGAAACUACAAAAAAUGAGAUCAAACUUAGAGGAAAAGUUGAUGAAGAGGAUGGCAGUUGUUCAUAGAAAAGCUGAGGAAUGGAGAGCAGAAGCGAGGCGGGAACACUCUGAGCAAAUUCAGAAAGCCACUGAACAUACACAGAAGAUGAUAUACAGGAAUAGUUCACAUUUUUCUGGCUAUAGCUCUUGUGGUUGCUUUCCAUGUAAUAACCACCAUCGAUAUUCAUGAAAAAUAAUAAUAAUAGGUCAAUUUUCUCUAA